AGAAAGCCUAAGAUUCAUGGAGGCCAUUUCCCCUUUGCCCUUCAUGCGCAAGUGCUGGCGACACCCACCCAAGCUCCUAGUAGCUUCUGAGGGAAGAGAGCCUGUCUGCUUUUAUUUGUGCUUAGUAUUUACUGUCUUCAGUGUCCGUGAAAUGAAAUUGCACCAUCGGAGCGGAGAUUGGGAAUGCGGGCCUCAAACUCCGAACGAUUUAGGACUGCUAUUUGGGAAAGCAAUCCAAGCUCUAUCACGAAUCAGUGACGAGCUGUGGCUAGAUCCAUCUGAAAAAGGUCUUGCUUUAAGAUCUGUGAAUUCUUGUCGGUCAGCAUAUGGAUGUGUCCUCUUCUCUCCUGUGUUUUUUCAACAUUAUCAAUGGUCAACCUCAGUGAAAGUAAAUGAUAAUGAUUCUACAAUGUCGAAUUUAAAUUGCAAAUUGGGAAUGAAGUCAAUUCUGCCUAUCUUUAGAUGUCCAAAUUCUCUUGAAAGAACUGUAGAGAAGUGUAAAAUAUUCACCAGAUCCGAUAAGUGCAAAGUCGUCAUUCAGUUCUUCUGCAGACAUGGUAUUAGAAGAACUCACAAUGUGUGUUUUCAGGAAAGUCAGCCCUUGCAAGUUAUUUUUGAAAAGAAUAUGUGUUCUAAUACACUAGUCAUUCAGCCAAGAGUGCUUGCUGAGGCACUUGUUCUUUUUACAUCAAGUCAAGAAGAAGUUACUCUUGCUGUUACCCCACUCAGUGUUUGCCUUAAGAGUUCCAGUGAUGAACCAAUGGAUUUGACCAAUUCUGUGUACAGUGAAAUGUUUGUUGGUCCAGAUGAAUUUGACUUCUUUCAAAUUGGAGUUGAUACUGAAAUAACAUUUUGUUUCAAAGAAUUAAAGGGAAUGCUGAUAUUUUCAGAAGCUACACAUGCUCCUAUAGCCAUUCAUUUUGAUUUUCCUGGGAAACCUAUGGCUUUAAGUAUUGAUGAUAUGUUAUUGGAAGCUAACUUUAUCUUGGCUACAUUAGCUGAUGAGCCAAGUAGAGCAUCUUCUCCGCAAUCAUUGUGUCUUUCACAAAACCAAAAAAGGUCAGAUCUGAUGCACUCAACACACAACAAUUCAAAGGCUGAUAAAAAUGUAACCAGCAAGGCCCCAGGAUGUAUUUUGAGUAAAGCAGCACCCAAAAGGCUUUAUCCAAGUGAGACUCUCACAAACAUCUCUGCAUUGGAAACCUGUGGCAGCCCUACGAUGAAACGAGCGAAUGGAGACAUUAGUGAAGUGCCAGAAAGCAGUGUCAGUGACACUGACAGGUGCCAGGGUCUCCGUAUCUGCAGAAGGUAAAGGGAAAACGUUGAGAUGCGACCAUGUCUCUCAAGAAUCCUCAUCAUCGGGGAUCCCUGGGUGGCGCAGCGGUUUGGCGCCUGCCUUUGGCCCAGGGCGCGAUCCUGGGGACCCGGGAUCGAGUCCCACGUCGGGCUCCCGGUGCAUGGAGCCUGCUUCUCCCUCUGC